AUGGCGACUUCGCUAUGGCCCAUGAGAGGCUCGGAGAGAAUCUACGCUGCGCUUUUGCUCCUCUGUCUCCUUUACAUCCUCCUGUCCAGUCCAAUAUUGAAGCAUGCCGAGUCCAUCGUCAGGCCUGCUUGGAAAGUCCCUACCAACGGCGACAUCAGCGAGUCCUCAGACCUUGGUGUUGACGAGACAGUGACGGUCGGGGGAGGAGGAUCUUCCAGUGAUCCGGAUGACGUUGAGGAAAACACCUCUGCAUUUUUCACCGCAGAUCCUGCAGAAGAGACGGACGGUUCGUUAUCACUCCAUACCGUUGAAGAUUUGGACGAAUCGAAAAUGGGUACGGUAGGACCAUACAUCGCAGCCAUAAUGGACCCAAGCGACACACAUUUCGACCGGCUCCAAUGUCCGCGGCCUCUGAAGGGCCGAUACAAGACGUUGCGACCCAAAAAGAGUCUCCCUCUCGAAAUCCAGCAACCACAGAAACGGUACUUUUUUGCCCUCAACCUUUAUCAGUGUGCUUAUGUGCUCCCGCGCCUUCUGGGCUCGAUUGUCGAAGCAAUGCGUUUCCUUGGCCCGGAAAAGUGCACUCUUUCCAUUGUAGGCGGCCGCUCCGACGACGGGACGACAGAGAUACUGGUCGCACUGGAGGACGAGAUCGAGGCCUUGAAUGCAAGCUACCAUUUUGGGACGAGCGACAUCGACCCCCUGAAAAAUGGUCAUGAUCGAGUCACGGAGCUCGCAAAGCUGCGGAAUCUGGCGCUCGCUCCACUCAUCACCCAACGCGACAAGUACGCAAGAGAUACCUCUGUUAUUUUCUUGAACGACGUGUCAAUCUGCACGGAUGACAUCUUGGAACUCAUCUAUCAGAAACAGCAUCAGCGAGCGGAUAUGGUGUGUGCCAUGGACUGGAACAAUAACGGAGACACCUUCUAUGACUCUUGGAUAGGCCGCAGCAUGAACGGCGACUUGUUCGUCGAGGUUCCUCAGAGUGGAUCAUUUGAAUUCUCCCACAACCUGUUCUGGAAUGACAAGAAGGCUCGAACACAUAUUGAUGAGAAGCGACCCCUCCAAGUCUUUGCAUGCUGGAACGGAGCCGUGGUUUUCAAGGCAGAGCCUUUCCUGUCACAUAGCAUCCGGUUUCGGGCGGCGUACAAAGGUGAAUGCUACUCGGGCGAGCCGACAUUGUUCUGUAAAGACCUGUGGGCUCUGGGGCACGGCCGCAUCGCCGUCAUUCCCAGCGUCAAUAUUGGGUACAACGAUGAACAAUCGCGAUCGACAAAGGCCAAACACGGAUAUGCUUCAGGAAACGUCCAACAGGCAGAACACGAUAUGGGCCUAUCAACAGAGAUCGAGUGGCAGAAGUCACCGCCUCAGCUCGUCAAGUGUCAGCCCGACUGGACACAUUCUUCCUGGGCGCCGUGGGAUGAGGCGGCGGGUGAGCAUGUUCCCUUUGACUGGUCGAGGUCUGGAUAUUUCAAUGCCAAAAAGCCAUUCGAUCAGGAACUUGAGUUUGAGAACGACGGGAAAGAUGAGGAUGAAGGCGGCGGUCGUUGGAAACGAUGGGUAGGGCGUCGCUAG